GUUUCAGCUUGGAGUCUCAGCGUCUGGUCUGGACACAGGUAGACACAGGAGUCGGUCGGGAUGCUUCCAGAGCUGCUGAGCUGCAGCUGAGAGGACAAGUGAUCAUGGCGGCAGUCGGCGUAGAAGUCGGCGCGUCGUGGUUCCCGGCAUCAGGAGGCGUCGGUUUCUUCAUCGCGCUCCUCCUCCUCUCCGUCUUCCUCACUGCUCUCUGCAGCAAGUGCGCCAGACGUGCUUUCAAGCUGAGAAACUCUGAGGCGGAAAAAGAUCCCUCAGCUCUCAAAGUGGUGAAACUGGGAGAAGCUGUGGAGGUGAAAGAGAAUCUGACGGUCAACGAGAACCAGAACGAUGCAACGGAGGGUCAGACCAAUGGCGUCGCAGCAGUGAAGGACACGGCGGAUCCUUCUGAAACUGCUUCAGAGUCAAGUUCUAAAAAGGAAAGCUCCGCCCUGUUCCCUCUGUGGAGGAGCCACCUGAACCAAGAUGAGAACAGCCCCAGCAUCAUCCAAACCAUCCUGGGAGAGAGGGGCGACGACGCGGACACGCUGACCAAUCAGGGGCCGGGGGCGGAGCCUCGGGGGGGGUCCAUCGACAUGAAUUCAUUGUACGCUCAGAUCAGCAUGAAGGAGAGGUGGGCCGCGCUCCCGGCUUACAUUCCUCAUGACGUGCUGCUGGUGGAGGAGGUGGUGGUGGUGGUGGAGGAGGAUGAAGAGGAGGAGUUGUCUGCUCCUCCUGUGCCCGACAGGAGGAGCAGAUGAAGAGGAUGGAGGACGUGGAUGGAGGAUGGCAGCUGGAGGACGAAGCAUUGUUGAGAAGGCUUAUUGGUUACCCUCUUAAAACAAUAUGAACGGACUGUACUUGAACGUCUCUUUUUUAGUCUUCCGACCAAUCAAAGUGCUUUGAUGUCGUCAUUCACCCGUUCAUACACAGGUGGGAGGAGCUACCAUGCAAGGUGCACAUCAGCAGUAACUGACAUUCACACAGAGCCGGGGAAUCGAACCACCGACCCUCCAAAUAAAGAAGGACCAGUUUCC